AUGAACGUCUUAAAAUUGCAAAAGAAGUACCCAGUAUUACAGCAGUCAGACCUUUUCAAUAUAAUUGAAGAUUUCAGAGCAAUUGACUUGGAAGACAAAGGUUGGGUAGAAAAGAAGGAUGUGAUUAACAAUGUGAGCAAACAAGGAGAGUAUUCGUAUGACGAAACAAGAGAGACAUUGAAACAUGUUGAUGUAGAUGCAUCGGGGCAUGUCGAGUUAGACGAUUACGUAGCAUUGAUUGCCAAGUUGAAGGAAUCAAAAGAAGGUGUUGCAGAAACCCCGCAAUUGAACAAAAAAGCUGCUCCUCCAAUCCCCAGUGCAAGUUCGAAAAACAAGACUUAUAUUGAAGGUAAAACUUCAGGAACCACCCACACAAUCAAUGACGAAGAGCGUACUGAGUUUACCAGACACAUCAAUUCGGUUUUGUUGGGUGAUUCCGAAGUCGGAGAUAGGUUGCCUUUUGAUACGGAAACUUUCCAAGUUUUUGAUGAAUGUAGAGAUGGAUUGGUGUUGUGUAAAUUGAUCAACGAUUCGGUGCCAGAUACGAUUGAUACCAGAGUAUUGAACUUGCCAAAGGGCAAGAAACAGUUGAACAAUUUCCAAAUGUCGGAAAACGCGAAUAUUGUCAUCAAUUCUGCAAAGGCAAUUGGGUGUGUUGUGGUCAACGUUCAUUCAGAGGACAUCAUUGACGGUAAGGAGCACUUGAUUUUAGGUUUGAUUUGGCAAAUUAUCAGACGCGGAUUGUUGAGUAAGGUGGACAUAAAAUACCAUCCUGAAUUGUACCGUUUAUUGGAAGACGACGAGACUUUGGAACAAUUUUUGAGACUCCCCCCUGAACAAAUUCUUUUACGUUGGUUUAAUUACCAUUUAAAGAAUGCAGGUACCAGCAGAAGAGUGUCAAAUUUUGGUAAAGAUGUCAGCGAUGGUGAAAACUACACCUACUUGUUGAAUCAGUUGAAGCCCGAUGUUUGCGAUUUGUCCCCGUUAAAGACUAACGAUUUGCUUACUCGUGCUGAGCAGGUUUUGGACAAUGCUGACAAGAUUGAUUGCCGUAAAUACUUGACUCCAAAGUCGUUGUGUUCAGGAAAUCCAAAGUUGAACUUGGCUUUUGUAGCUAACUUGUUCAACACUCAUCCAGGAUUGCAGCCCAUUGAGGAACACGAAAAAGUUGAAAUCGAAGAGUUUGACGCGGAGGGAGAGCGUGAGGCUAGAGUAUUUACAUUGUGGCUCAACUCUUUGGACGUUGAUCCACUGGUUGUUUCAUUGUUUGAGGACUUAAAGGAUGGUUUGAUCUUGUUGCAGGCUUUUGACAAAGUGUUGCCUGGAAGUGUUUCAUUCAAGCACGUUAACAAAAAGCCAGCCAAUGGCGAGGUUUCCCGAUUCAAGGCGUUGGAAAAUACAAACUAUGCGGUGGAAAUAGGGAAAGCCAAUGGGUUUUCGCUAGUUGGUAUAGAAGGAUCCGACAUUGUUGAUGGAAAUAGGUUGUUGGACCUAGGUCUUGUUUGGCAAUUGAUGAGAAGAAACAUCGUCAACACCUUGGCCGAGCUAGGCAAGGGUGGCCAAUUGACUGAUGCAGAUAUUUUGAAAUGGGCCAACCUGCAAGUCACUAAAGGAGGCAAGACAUCUCAAAUCAGAUCCUUUAAGGAUUCUUCCUUGUCGACAGGGUUGUACUUGUUGGACGUGUUGAAUGGUAUGAAACCGGGCUAUGUUGAUUACGACUUGGUCUACGAAGGAAAGACAGAAGAGGAAAGGUAUGCCAAUGCCAAGUUGGCAAUCUCAAUUGCUAGAAAGUUGGGUGCGUUGAUCUGGUUGGUUCCUGAGGAUAUAAACGAGGUUAGAAGCAGGUUGAUUUUAUCUUUUGUAGGAAGUUUGAUGGCUGUGGAGAGUAAGUAA